GGCGCUAUUAAUUCGUCGAUAGUUCUCCCCCCUCUUCUUCCUCUUCGAUGUUUUGAAAACAUCGAUGACAUAGAUGUGAACUUCUCUAUAUAGAAAAGCGGCGGGAUCGCGCUUGAAAAUAAAAAGAGAAGGACCGGAGAAACCCUGGGCGCCGGUGGCCAAGCCAAUGCUAGGCGACACUAACGCAGGGAGCGACGACGACACGGCUUUCCGAUCGCCUGAACCGGAAGAUGGCACCGACUACGGCUUGGAGUUCACCACAAGCCGGCUCACCCUGAAUUCCAACCGCCGAUGCUCGACGCUGCACAAGGAGACCUCAGGUGGCCCUGGGUCGCGAGCAGCGGGAAGAACUUUCAGCGAUGAGGAGGAUCAGGAGAAUCGGACGCCAGCCAGCUCGCCGGGGACGCGCAGGAUGAGCGGUCAGCAGGAAAGGCGCCUGGCUCCCAGCCAGCCGUCCAGGACUCAGGCAGCGGCAAACGGAUCGAUUGGUGCCCAGAAUCAGACCAGGAGACGCAAGAUGGCCAAACCCUUGAGCAGAGCCAGAAGGAUGGAUGUAGAGAUCCUUCAUCUGCAGAAUCAUCCCGGCGUGCUGAUACCCAAGCUGCCGUUCUCGCGUCUGGUUCGCGAGUUUAUCAUCAAGUACAGCGACGGAUCACCGAUGAGGAUCACCGAAGGCGCCCUCACAGCCAUGCAGGUGUCCAGCGAACUGUAUCUGACGCAGCGUCUGGCCGACUCCUACAUGCUCACCAAACACCGCAAUCGCGUCACUCUGGAGGUGCGCGACAUGGCUUUGAUGGGCUUCCUCUGCGACGGGACCCAUUGUUAGUUCAAAGCGAUGUUUUGAAUACAAACAUUUCCUAAAAUUGAAGACUAACUUUAAGUAUAUUCCUUAAAAUGUCUUAAGUUUGUCUAUGUAGACCACCAUAUAAAUACAACUCCUUUUAGUUUUA